CUGGUAUCCAGAACCUCUGGCGAACUAGUGAGAUUUUGUGGUCUUUUCCACAAUGUGCAUGUUGACUGUGGAUUUUUGAUAAAAUCUUGGGAAUCCGCGCCCCGCCCCCAGAAGAGCAUCAUCGUCGUCGAUGAUACAAGUGGUAGAGUAAUACUACGGACUAUUGAGCAUAGCCGUGUUAUCGGCUGGUUGUUGAGGCAUCCUGGCGACCAAGGUAGUAGGAGUUGGAUUGUAGAAGGCGGGAAGGCAGUUGUAGGAGAGCGAGGUGGUGUUGUAGAUGGCGACGAUGAGUUAUGGCGAGUGAAAUUGAUGCUAAUUAUUAAGGCUACAGAAUCCAACCGCAACUGA